GUGACUGGAUGAAAGGGCGGAUAUCAGAGGAGAGACAUCUACUGGCAAGGCCCUAAGAUAACUUUGCAGAGCUGUGUUCGAAGGUCCUCGCCAUGGAGCUGGCUCACAGUCUGCUGCUCAAUGAAGAAGCCUUGGCCCAGAUAACUGAAGCAAAGAGGCCUGUCUUCAUCUUCGAAUGGCUACGCUUCUUGGAUAAAGUGCUCGUGACUGCAAAUAAGGUGGAUGUGAAGGAGAAACAGAAGAAGCUGGUGGAACAGCUGGCUGGACUGAUCAGCAGUGCCCCUGGACCACCAACAAGAAAACUGCUGGCCAAAAACCUUGCAACCCUCUACAGCAUCGGGGACACCUUCACUGUUUUCCAGACUUUGGAUAAAUGCAAUGAGAUCAUCAAAAGCAAGGAUGACACGCCUGCGUACUUGCCAACAAAACUUGCUGCUGUCGCAUGUGUUGGAGCUUUUUAUGAGAAGAUGGGCAGGAUGCUGGGAAGCUCCUUCCCAGACACCAUUAAUAAUCUUUUUAAGGCAUUAAAGAGUGCUGAGUCUCAAGGCAGAGGAGAGAUCCUGCUCAGUCUGCAGAAGGUGCUCCGUGGAUUGGGGGGAGCUGCAGCCUCAUGUCACAGAGACAUCUACAAGAAUGCCCGCUCUCUUCUCACAGACAGGUCCAUGGCCGUACGCUGUGCUAUAGCAAAGUGCCUGCUGGAGCUGCAGAAUGAGGCAGUAUUCAUGUGGACCACAGAACUGGAGAACGUGGCCACUUUGUGUUUCAAGGCCUUGGAAGGAUCUAACUAUGGUGUUCGUGUGGCCGUGGCCAAACUGCUGGGGACAGUCAUGGCCACGGCCCUGAUGCCCAAACAAGCAAGCGUGAUGCGUCAGAACGUGAAGCGGGCCACCCUGGAGGAGGUGCUGGAGCUGAUGGCCACAGGCUUUCUGCGCGGGGGCUCCGGCUUCCUGAAGAGCGGAGGGGAGAUGUUGAAGGGGGGAGGCUCUGUCAGCAGGGAGGUGCGAGUGGGCGUCACAGAGGCUUAUGUCGUGUUUGUGACUACACUCGGUGGUCAAUGGCUGGAGCGCAACUUUGCGACAUUCCUGUCCCAUGUUUUGGACCUAGUGUCUCACCCACGGGCCACGCAGACGCAUGUUGAGGCUGUGUACUCGCGCCGCUGUGUUUCCUUCAUGCUACGCGCCACCCUCGGGGGCUUACUCGGAGAGAAAGCACAAAUUGCAGCCGGCAAAGAAAUCUGCCAAGCCAUCAGCAAACAGAUGAGGGCUGUGGGUAAGGAGGAUGGGGGGGAAAUAUCACGGUUCAGAGCAUUACAGAAGGCAGUUGUGAAUGACAUCAGUGGAGAGAACAAGGGAGGGACAGCCGAUGUCUCUGCCAGUCAGCAUGUCAUGGUGUGUGCCCUAAAAGAGCUGGGCAGUCUGGUUCAGAGCUUGAGCGCUACAGCCUCUCCACUCAUUCAGGAGCCUUCUAUAGGACUCCUUGAAACUGUAACUUCAGUGCUGCUUCACCCCAGCAUGGCGGCGCGUUUGGCCGCUGCAUGGUGUUUGCGCUGUGUUGCCGUGGCGCUGCCCUAUCAAUUGACCCCGCUGCUGGACCGCUGUGCGGAGAGAAUCAACAACCUGAAGAGUUCACCUGAGGCUGUGAGCGGCUACAGCUUUGCGAUGGCUGCACUGCUGGGAGGCGUAAACCAGUGUCCACUGGGUAUCCCCCACUCCAAGGGCAAGUUGGUGGUGAGUAUAGCCGAAGACCUCCUGAGGACGGCUGCUCAGAAUAGUCGACUGUCCCUGCAGCGGACACAGGCAGGAUGGCUGCUGCUGGGUGCCCUCAUGACACUGGGUCCUUCCCUCGUGCGCUAUCACCUUCCCAAGAUGCUACUGCUGUGGCGGAACGUGUUUCCUCGCUCCCAGAAGGAGCUGGAGGCAGAAAAGGCCAGAGGAGACGCCUUCACCUGGCAGGUCACUCUGGAGGGCCGAGCUGGAGCACUGUGUGCCAUGCGUAGCUUUGUGGCCCACUGCCCCGAGCUGCUUACCGAAGAUGUGAUCCGCAGACUGAUGACACCCAUUGAAUGUGCCAUGACCAUGAUGUCUCACAUUCCUGCCAUCAUUAAGGUCCAUGGUGCUCACCUGAAAGCAAGUGCAGCGAUGGUGAGGCUGCGGUUGUAUGACAUCCUGGCUCUAUUGCCUCCCAAGACCUAUGAAGGCAGCUUCAACGCCCUCCUGAGGGAGCUGGUGGCAGAGUUCACUUUGACUGACAACUCGGCCAACACUACCACCUCGUUGCUGCGCUCUCUGUGCCACUAUGACGACAGUGUGCUCAUGGGCUCAUGGCUACAGGAGACUGACCACAAAUGCAUAGAGGAUCAGCUGCAGCCCAACAGCGCGUCUGGCAGCGGAGCUCUGGAGCACGACCCUUCCUCAAUCUACCUGCGUGUUCCUGUUGGUGAAGCCAUCCCAGGGCCUCUCCCUUUGGGUGUGUCUGUCAUUGACGCUUCAGUGGCUCUGUUCGGUGUGGUUUUUCCCCAUGUCUCCUCCAAACACAGGCUGCAGAUGCUGGACCACUUUGCAGAGUGCAUAAAGCAGGCAAAAGGAGUUCGACAGCAGGCAGUCCAGCUGAACAUCUUCACUGCAGUGCUGAGUGCCCUCAAGGGUCUGGCUGAGAACAAGAGUACUUUGGGCCCUGAGGAGGUGCGUAAGUCGGCUCUGGCCCUGGUAAUGGGAGCGCUGGACAAUCCCAACCCCAUCCUGCGCUGUGCUGCUGGAGAGGCUCUGGGCAGGAUGGCUCAGGUGGUUGGGGAGGCUACCUUCAUCGCCAGAAUGGCACAGACCAGCUUUGAUAAACUGAAGUCUGCCCGUGAUGUAGUAUCAAGGACGGGCCAUUCCCUGGCUCUUGGCUGUCUGCAUCGAUAUGUAGGAGGGAUUGGCUCAGGCCAGCACUUAAAAACCAGUGUCAGCAUCCUUUUGGCUCUGGCCCAGGACGGGUCCUCUCAUGAGGUCCAGACAUGGGCUCUGCAUUCUCUGGCUCUGAUUGUGGAUUCUAGUGGCCCCAUGUACAGAGGCUAUGUGGAGCCUACGCUGUCCCUGGUGCUCACCCUGCUCCUCACUGUGCCACCGUCUCACACAGAGGUGCACCAGUGUUUGGGCCGCUGCCUUGGAGCUCUCAUCACCACUGUGGGACCAGAAUUACAGGGCAAUGCGGCCACUAUCUCCACCAUCCGCUCGUCCUGCCUGGUUGGUUGUGCCAUAAUGCAGGACCACUCCGAUUCCCUUGUGCAGGCAGCUGCCAUCUCAUGUCUGCAGCAGCUGCACAUGUUCGCUCCACGCCAUGUCAACCUGUCCAGCCUGGUGCCCUGUCUCUGUGUGCACCUAUGCAGCUCUCACCUGCUGCUGCGCCGUGCUGCCGUGGCCUGCCUGAGACAGCUCGCUCAGAGAGAGGCUGCAGAGGUCUGCGAGUAUGCCAUGAGUCUGGCGAAGAGAGCAGGACACAACACUGCAGUCAAUCUGAACAUCACUGAAACUGGGCUGGAGGGGGUUUUGUUCGGCAUGCUGGAUCGGGAGACGGACAGGAAGCUGUGCUCUGAUAUCCAUGAUACACUGGGACACAUGCUGUCGUCUCUUGCUGUUGAAAAGCUUUCUCAUUGGCUGAAACUCUGCAAGGAUGUCCUGGCAGCAACUACAGAUGUAGGAGCACCUGUUGUAGUCGAGGUGGAAAGGGAUGAGGAAGACUCGGAGAAAAAAGACGAGAUGGACGAUGACAGCAUGUUCACAGGCCUGGGUGAAGAUGACAAGCCCAAGCCGUCUGUGGCGCCGCGCUGGGUGACUCGGGUAUUUGCCGCAGACUGCUUGUGCCGCAUCAUCCUGCUGUGUGAGAAUGACAAAGCACACUUUGACCUGGCAGCUGCCCGCUCUGCACAAGCCAAGAACCCCAAAGGAAAAAGCAAACACAAAGACAUUGGAGGAAGCAACAUUUCUACUUUCUUGCUGACGGGCAACCCAUCAUCAAAGAAUACAAAAAGAGAUCAGUUGGUGCUCCAUUUGUCUGACCUCAUCCGCAUGGCCUUCAUGGCGGCCACAGACCACAGUAACCAGCUGAGGAUGGCCGGUCUGCAGGCCCUGGAGGACAUCAUUAAAAAGUUUGCGUCUGUACCAGAGCCCGAGUUCCCAGGGCACGUUAUCCUGGAACAGUACCAGGCCAAUGUCGGAGCUGCCCUCAGACCUGCAUUUUCACCUGAUACACCGUCUGACAUAACGGCCAAGGCCUGCCAGGUGUGUAGUACGUGGAUUGGAAGUGGCGUCGUCAGUGACCUCAAUGACCUGCGGCGAGUCCACAACCUGCUUGUGUCGUCGCUGGACAAGGUGCAGGCUGGGAAAGGCUCAUCCAGUCAGCUGUACAGUGAGAGUGCCACCACGAUGGAGAAACUGGCUGUGCUGAAGGCGUGGGCAGAGGUGUAUGUGGUGGCAAUGAAGAUCAAGAAAGACGCAGAGUCUAAGCCUGCCAAACCAGUCCCAAGUGGAGACGACGAAGAGGAUGAGGAUGAUAUGGGCACCAAUGUGCUUCCACCCGACAGCCUCAUCACUUUGGUGCAGCCGGAGCUGCCCGCGCUGAGCCGCCUGUGGCUGGCCAUGCUGCGAGACUACGCUCUGCUCACUCUGCCGGCUGAGUUUUCCAGUCAGCUGCCCCCUGACGGUGGAGCGUUUUAUACUCCAGAGACUAUAGACACAGCAAGGAUCCACUAUCGCAGUUCGUGGGCCCCCGUCCUGCAUGCUGUGGCCCUGUGGCUGAGCAGCACCGGGUUCGGAACUGGGGAAGAGAAAGAAGAGGUCCCCUCAUCUCUCUCCAGGGCUCCUGCCAUCCCUCAAGCACCCUCCCCCACCACAAAGACCUUUGAGGAGUCGGUCAAAGACAGGAUGCAUCUCAUGUUGGGUGUCAGUAUAGAGUUUCUUUGCUUCCCCCGGCCCGAGGAGCCCAUGGAGAACGUGAUGUCCUGCCUGCACGCCCUAUUCACUCUGCUAGAAUCUCCAAGUGCUAAGAUCCAUAUCGCAGAGGACCAGCUGUUGGCAGUGGAGCUGCUGAACGUGCUCCACAGGCUGCUGCUGACCCGGGACCCUCCUGCUGUACAGCUGCAGGUCACUGCUGUGGUACAGGAGACCAUCAGGGCUGCACAGGACCAUCUGCAGCGACAGAAAGCCAGCAAGGGCAAAGAGGAAGUAGGCGAGAAAGACUCUCAGCCCAGCCUCGGGGAAGGAGGAGACACAGGGGAGCUCGUACCCGGCAAGUCUCUGGUGUUUGCAGCCAUGGAGCUGCUCGUGUUCGUCCUGGUGCGCCACUUGCCACAGCUUAAUGCGCGCGUGAAGGAGUCCCCCAGCCAUGUGCCACUCAGGCCUCAGCGACUACCUGAAGAAAGUGCACGCCUGGUGGCAAACACAGUCUCCAUCCUGGCGGAACUGCCCUCUCUAUGCUCUCCUGCCGGAAGCAUGACCAUCCUUCCCACCGUGCUCUUCCUAAUCACGGGGGUGCUGAGGGAAGCUGCAGUUAAGACUCCUGACAACUCCGUGCCUGUGACUGUGUCAGCCGCCCUGCAGGGCAUCAAGACCAUCAUCACCUCCCCACUGGCCCGGGUGGAGAGCAUGCAGACACAGUGGACCGGCCUUGUGAGGAGCAGCCUGGCGUCUGUACUCGAACACUCGCAGCCAGAUGAGUCCAGGCCUGACAUGGAUCAGGUCAGUAUGUUAACAGCAAUCACACUCUUCCUGCUGUCGGCCAGCAAUGAACUGGUCGGAGUAACCGUCCUGCAGAAAGGCUGCAUGGACCGCUUCCGAAAUGCCCUCAACUCUAGUGAUCCCUGGGUCCAGGCACGGUGUUACCAGCUGCUGUUGUCAGUGUUUCAGCACUCCAGCCGCGCGCUGUCGACUCCGUACAUCCACGCUCUGGCUCCAGUCAUGGUGGAGAAGCUGAAGGCAGUGGAGCGCAGUCGGCCAGGGACUGCUGCUGAGCUGCAGGCUGUGCAGGAGGGCAUCAGGGUCCUAGAGAAUCUAGUCGGCAUGGGUGAAGAGCAGAACCGGGUGCAGUUGCUGGCUCUGCUUGUACCAACUCUUAUCUCCUACCUUUUGGAUGAGAAUGCCAUCGCCUCUGCGCCCCAAGUCUCCAGAGCCCUGCAUGAUUUUGCCCUUCAGAACUUAAUGCGGAUUGGCCCCCUCUAUCCAGCGGCCUUCAAGAUAGUAAUUGGUGCAGCACCUGAGCUUAAAAUCCGUUUGGAAUCUGCCAUUCGGGCCAACCAGGCCAGCAACAGAGCCAAAGCUGCAGCCAAGCUAGCUCAGCCGACGGUGCAAGCUGCACCAACCAUCAAACUCAAGACGAGCUUCUUCUGAAGUCCCGAAAUGAACUGUAAACAGCCUAAAUUAAGAUUUUCUCUUUAUGUUUGUUUUGUCGUCUGUCAACCGAUUUCCACAUUCCGUCAUGUUUGUAUCCGCUACAGUUUCUUACGCGUAUUUAUUUAUUCGACAUGUCAUUGUUGAUUUUGAUGGGGGAGAACUCUUCUUGAAGUCAAGAAGGAAAUUAUGUAAAUAUCAUUAAAAGGCAUUUGAAUGUUCACUUAAAAUUACAAAAAAACUCACUUUAAGAUCCCUAGGACAUUUUGAGUGUGUGAAUGUAUCAUUUGUGGAUAUGAUGCACAUUCAUGAAGGGACACUAUUUACAUAUUUGUUCCUGAUCGUGUCCUUUUUGUCUGGUCAUCAUCCCUGUCUAUCCAGAAGUUAAUGCUAACUGUGCCAUUUUUCUCUGAUUUUGCAUCAUCAUAAUCAUGGCAGGUAUUUGUUCUUUUGAUUCCAAUCAUGCAUGUGUGCGACAUGGAGAUGGUUUAGUACAUGCCCUUGGCCUCUGCUGAUUGUUACUGAUUGAUGUUUUUGUUGUUCUUUUUUGUUUCUUUGUUUGAAGGGGUGUUUUUUUUAACUGUAUUUAUGUUGCAAACAUUUAUUUUGAUCAUCAUUUUGAGCACAGAAGGAGAUGUCAUUAGAGCUCAUUGACUAUUAAAUGCGUUAUGCUUUUACAAUUAUAUUUGAAUGGAAAAUGGAAUUUUAACAGUGUAUUGUUCUGCUGAUAAAUGAGCAGGUACUACAUGUAAACAGACUGUUGUAGUGCUUGUAAUCGAUUUGUGUAUCCAUGUCAGUCUAUUUGCUGAUAUAAUACAUGUAGAAUGGUCCGAUGUAACAGUCCACCUCCAUUUCUUGUGAAUGUGAAUAAAGUUGCUUUGACCUCUG